AUGAAGGGGGGAAGUUGGCGGAGAGUUGCGGGUGAUAUUCUACACAACGCGCCCCCGCUACCUACUUCGCUACCGGCACUGCCCAGCUCGCCGAUUCUGCUCUGGCUGCCACUGUUGACGCCGCCGCUACAGAUGCUGCCUCCAAUGACAUCCGCUAGCACAGUCUUCCUUCGUUCGUGUAGCCUCUCGCGGCCACGCACCGCCCUCCUCUUGACGACCUGGCCCCGCCUCAAGAGUCGCCACCCGUCCUUACUCCGCCCCAGGAGGUAA